UCCGGGCGCCCGGCCAGGCUCGCGGCACCCCGGCACCCGCAGAGACGCCCCCGGCCCCCGGCGCGAUGCAGGCCAUCAAGUGUGUGGUGGUGGGCGAUGGAGCCGUGGGCAAGACCUGCCUUCUCAUCAGCUACACCACCAACGCCUUCCCGGGAGAGUACAUCCCCACCGUGUUUGACAACUACUCGGCCAACGUGAUGGUGGACAGCAAGCCAGUGAACCUGGGCCUGUGGGACACGGCCGGGCAGGAGGACUACGACCGGCUGCGGCCGCUCUCCUACCCGCAGACGGACGUCUUCCUCAUCUGCUUCUCCCUGGUCAGCCCCGCCUCCUAUGAGAACGUCCGGGCCAAGUGGUUCCCCGAGGUGCGGCACCACUGCCCCAGCACCCCCAUCAUCCUGGUGGGCACCAAGCUGGACCUCCGCGACGACAAGGACACCAUCGAGAAGCUGAAGGAGAAGAAGCUGAGCCCCAUCACUUACCCGCAGGGCCUGGCGCUGGCCAAGGAGAUCGACUCCGUGAAGUACCUGGAGUGCUCCGCGCUCACCCAGCGGGGCCUGAAGACCGUCUUCGACGAGGCCAUCCGGGCCGUGCUGUGCCCGCAGCCCGCGCGGCAGCAGAAGCGCGCCUGCAGCCUCCUGUAGCGGGGGCAGCCGCCCUCCCAGCCUCACCGUUGCGGCUGUCCGGCGGCCCCCGCCCCUCCCCAAAGCCUGAUGCUGGAGUUUGGCCGACGAUGCCCGGACCGGAAGGGCGUGAAUUUGUAGGCGCUGCAUCCUGACCCCUUGCGCUCUCGCCUCGCCAGGGCCCAGCGGGGACCUCCGGGGCCCCACCUGGCCACCCCCGAGUUACUGCGGCCAGUGCCAGCUGCCCCAUCUACCUGCACCCAACGCCUGAAUCCCUGCUGGAUGGAUGGAGACUUGUUCACAGCUGGACCUACACACACACACACACACACACACGUACACACACACACACACACACACACUCUUCUGGCCUUCUCAGCCGAGUGUCUCCAACGCCUGCUCUCCAGCCCCCUCUAGCGGCCAGAGAAAACACCCCCCAGUCUCAGGGAGCAACGGCCCAGGGGUUCCCAGGCUUGGGUCCCGCUAACUCCUACCCUCCCCUAAGUCCGCGCGACUCCCACCCAGGGCCCCGAACGCGAGGAUCUGUGAGCGUCUCCCAACUCUCAGAGCCUCCCAGUCACGACUUGAGCUGCUGCAAAUGGAAAACUCUGCUUCAGCAGAAAAUAAACGUGUCCUGUCGAGUGUGGAAGUAGUGUGCCUUCAGGUGC